GGCAGUGACGCGGACACCAUUUUUCCGGUUUAGGAUCGCUUCUUAAGAUAAAAGGGCGUCGACCGUCGUGUUAUUUUUUGGGGGGAAAAACUCGGUGCAAAGAGGGCAAAAGAUGAAGUUUACUGUACUUUUUGCGUUUUGGGGCUCGUUGUUGUGUCUUUGCUGGUCGGUUGACCAGGUUCAAUUUUUCGAAAAGGGCGGGGAACUGCAUCUACGACCUAACAAGUCGGGACCCCUUACCAACGUGGUGUGGCUUCUCAACAACGACCUGGUCGCCGAGUGGGACGCCGGUCAUGACGUCGUCUACUACGGCAAUUUCACAACUCGAACCACCCUGAAUACGGUGACCGGGGAACUGAAGAUUUCCGGUGUGCGCGCGCAGGACAGGGGCACGUUCACGCUGGAGUUAAACAAGGUCUCUCAGCAGAACGCCUUCAUUGUCAAGAUCAUCAGUCCAGUACCUAAACCUCAGAUCCAUGUGUCCCCGGUGGCGUGUUCCAAAGACUCGGUCCGAUGCAAGCUGCACUGCGGCGGAGACACCGGCGAGGCCGAACCGGUGACCUUCCAGUGGACGCACAACUCAGAUGUCAAGACAGAAGACAUCACCAUUGACGUCAUCAAUCAAGAAGUGGAGGGCUUCUCCUGCUUCAUGACAAACCCCAUCAGCCAGAAGAAAAGCGAGCCCUUCGCCAACCCCUUUUAUCAGGAAAAGGACAACAUCUCACCGGGAGGGAUCGCCGGCCUGGUUAUCAUGUUCCUGGUGGUCGUGGUGGCGGCAGUGGUCGGCGCCCUAUUCUAUUGCCACAAGCGCAAACGCCAUGAAGAAGGAACACGUCCAACCAGCACGAACCGGUCCGAGCGGGUGCCGCUGGACGAGCCUUGACGAUCCCG